CUAGUACGAGUCUACAACUCGCUGUCACUGUGAAGCACAAACGACCAGGCCUCAUUAAUCAUUCAUCAUUCGCCAACCCACUUUUUUGUGAGGGCACCCUAUUGUAUUGAAUCAUGGCUCGCUUGCAUCGAGUCUCAAUAUACUCCUCCAUCCUUAUUUCGAUUUAUCUACUGGUGUUGUUCGAGGUCCUGCCCAUAACACUCAUUGAUGUCAGUAUAGCCCAAGAGAUUCUUCCUGUCAUUCCGUGGUGGCUCUUGGUGUCAUUCGGGUCGUAUUCCCUCUGGAGUCUCGGCUGGAGGGUGUUUACAUUCCGUGACUGUCCCGAGGCCUAUCACGAGCUGCUGCAGGAAAUCAAUGAAGCCAAAAACGAUCUCCGAAGUCGGGUUGUCACUGUCGACUGAGGUGUCUCCUUCACUUAUUCCUACACCUGUGUUUGAGACUCGCUUCAAAUUACGUACUGGAAUGCAGAUGUAGUUUAUAUUCGACUCAAAUGCCAGUCCCACGAGUCUCAAUUCUAUAAUGGUGAGGGUCAAGUCCACCCUCGCCUCUUCAUUCACUUCAUCAUUCAUACCACAUAUGAA